UAUGAGGACUUAAAACAAACGGAUGGAGAUGAUUAUACUGUAAUGAAAUGGGAUAGUAAACUAAUAAAAUUGAAAAGGCUAAAAAAUAUUAAUAAAUGUAAUGAUAAAGAUUUUAAGAGAUUAACGCUAGAGCUUAGCGUUAGCGAUAAGAAAUUUGAACAUCCAAAUGUGCUUAAAGUAUUUGGCC